CAAAAGCUGCUGCUCUUGAGUAGCGAGUUACUAUCUCGUUAUCUCAAACCAAAAGUUUUUAACUUUUUUUUUUGCCAUUGACAAAUUUUGCUGAAUUCUAUUGUAAACUUGACAAUCGUUUUCAAAAUUCUUCCUUAAUUUCUUUCUUUGCAAAGUACUUUUUAUGGCAGUAAAUAUGGCUGUUGGUGGAAUGAUGGUGCCCUCUCUGUCUGUCCCAGAGCAAACAGUGGCUCUUCAGAUAGGAACAUGCAGUCCGGCUGAAAUGCUCGAUAGGGUCAGAAAAACUCAAGUGUAUAUUUUGUCCGGAGUUUCUAGGCAGGUUGAAAAUGAGCUCAAGGGAUUCAAAAGAUCAGUGCAGAGACUGAACUCCAAUAUGACUGAUCAAUCAACAGUGGUUGGGAUCCAAAGAUGGAAGCGUUCCAUCAAGUCUUGUCUAAUGAGAUGUCAAGACACUCUAGUAAAUUUGGAGAGGUGGGUUAAGAGGGAGAUGAAUUCCUGGAGAGGCGUGUUUUCUCGUUUUGAGAAAAUGGUUAGUAAGGCUGAGCAUCACAGGAGGUCAUUCUAUAUGAAAAGUGACAAAGAAAAGGAGGCAGAAGCAUCUCAGAUAAUAGACCCUUAUGCGCCAACUCCACCGGCCCCACCUGCUCCAGCAACCCCACCACCACAGACUUGCCACCCACAUCACUGGGUUGUCAUUUCUGUAGACGUUUUAUCCCCUCCUGAGUUUGAUGCCAACAUGUCAGAAGAUCCCAGAGAGUUCUUGGUGAACCUUGAGAAGUAUUUUAAACGUAGCGGCUGGAAUGAGAAAAUUUGGUUAUCUCAAGUAGACAACCACUUGAAAGGCGCAGCCAAGAAAUGGUGGGAAUAUAGACAGGAGACAGUGGAUAACUGGCAUGACUUCAAAGUGGCCUUUCUGCAGUACUGCGAGCGACUGGUGGUUAGGGAGGCCAUCAAGAGGGACUUAGACCUUCCCCAAAGACGUUGGGAACCAUUAGAACAAUUUGUGUGGAAGAAGAGGGCAUUGUACCAUAGACUUUACGUAGAUGCUAACGAGGAAGAGAUGAUCCGUUACAUUAUUAGCACUCUUCACCCCGAGAUUAGGCGUUUCCUGAAGCCACCAUUGCCAAAAACCAUGGACGAGCUUGUCCAGAGGGGGAAAGAAAUCCAGUUUGAUUUUGAGCAAUCCGAAAAGCAAACUCUGAAGUCAGCUUACUCUGACGAGCAAAUCAGCACCAAACUUAAGGUCACUGUUACCAAAGAUCCGUACGACAGUAAUAACACGUGCUCGGAAAAAAUGUAAU